CAACCAGAAGACAGCUGACCAGCCAUGCUUUCAGUUUGUUAGCAACAUUUAUAAUUCUAUGCUUAUAGUUUUAAUUGUUUGAUAUAAUUUGAUGUUUUAUGCACACUGAAAAUUAAUGCUGUUUAACCCCAUAUUCCUGGCUAAUUCAGAAUUGGAUCUACAAUUUAUAUGGAGUCAUCUGAUAGACUUCUGAUUUCAGAUUGCAGCUCCUGGCCAAAAAGGUCUCAAGAUUUGAAGAAACAUUUAUAGAAAAGGAAUACCUGACGCAUUAUGGAUUUAUAUGUCAGUAGCCUUAACUGAAAGAAGUCCCGCAUAGCAGAUUCAGUCUCAUUGGCAGAAUCAACUAUGCACCACCUUCUCAAACUUGUUUUGGAACAGAAAGAUCUUUCACGUGCUGGGGAACUCUUUUCUUUGGACGAUUCUGAAAUAGAAGGAUGCCUAUCCGAAGCCCUUGAGCAAAUCAAACUAAUUAGUUCAUCUCCUGACUACCAGACGAAUGACAAUGACCAAGCAGUUGUGGAGAUUUGUGUCACUCGAAUUACUUCAGCCAUCAGGGAGACAGAAUCCAUCGAGAAGCAUGGAAAAGCUCUAAUUGAUCUCUGGGAGUCAUGUUUAGAGCACAAUCUGAAACCCUUUUGUAAAGAUGAAGACACACCGCAUGCAAAGAUUGCCUCUGAUAUUAUGAGCUGCAUUUUGCAGAAUUAUAAUCGCCCUCCCAUCAUAGCGUUGGCUGUCCCAGUGGCAGUGAAGUUUCUCCAGAGAGGUAACAAAGAAUUGUGCAGGAAUUUAUCCAGUUAUCUCUCACUUGCCGCAAUCAGUAAAGCAGAGCUGCUUGCUGAACACACAGAAAGUAUUGUAAAAAGUAUCCUGCAAGGUAAGAAAUACCUAUACAGUACAUUUUGUAUACCACCUCUGGUCCCUAGGCUAUUUUGCCUCCAUUCCCAAACCUUAAGUCCGUUCCUUUGUUUGCACUGCAGGUCCCAAAGUUUAGUAGUGCAUGCUGGUCAUAUGAAGGACAUCCAUACAGACAGCAAAGGAGAAGAGGAGAAUGGAGAUGUUACAGCCAGCAUCUCUUUCACUGAUCUGUACUUGAGCCAAGAAACCGACAAAUUGCCUUCCAGUGCAAUCUCUGAAGAGUCCCAGCUGGAACAACCCUCACUUUCACGCCCAAGUAUCAAAUGUUCAGAACCAGAGAAUCUGCCAGAACCUGUUAAAGAAAACUGCCACGAAGAGAACCCAAAGAUCAUAAAGAAUCCCAUGGAGUAUCAAGAUAAGCUUUACUUUCACUUAAAAGAAAAUCUCUCUAAAGUGAAAGCAUAUGUCAUGGAGAUGGGGAAGAAAAUUCCAUUCCCAGACGAGUGUCUUAUAGAAGGGCUUGUUCCCAGAACCAUUGUCCAUGCAGAAUAAUUAUUUGCAAAUCCUGAAGAUCUUGUGGGGAAAAACCCAGCUUAAGGGAACACAUAGUUUUGAAACUGCAAUGGUGCAAUCUACAUUUCCACACAAGAAGGAUCUGGACCACGUACAAUCACACCUGGAAGAAGUGAGGUUCUUUGAUUUAUUCAGUUACAAUGAAGAAGCGGGGGCUUGGCAAUGUUUCAUGUGUAACAAUCCUGACAAGGCAACAGUUGUGAACCAAGAUGGCCAGCCACUGAUUGAAGGCAGGUUGAAGGAAAAGCAAAUCCGAUGGAAAUUCAUUAAAAAAUGGAAGACUCGCUAUUUUACACUUGCUGGCAAUCAACUUCUCUUUCACAAAGGAAAAUCUAAAGAUGAUCCAGAUGAUUGUCCCAUUGAACUGAGUAAAGUCCAGAGUGUCAAAGUGGUAGCCAAGAAACGCCGAGAUCGCAGUCUUCCUCGGGCCUUUGAAAUCUUCACGGACAAUAAGACGUAUGUCUUCAAGGCCAAAGAUGAAAAAAAUGCCGAGGAGUGGCUACAGUGCAUUAAUGUGGCAGUGGCACAAGCUAAAGAACGAGAAAGCAGAGAAGCAACCACAUAUUUGUAGCAACUAUAGAUUUGUUUAUGUUUUCCUGAAGAUCAUUUUCAGUCAUAGAUAACUACGUGGAGUAUCUCAAUGUUUGAAUUGCAAAAAAUAUUAUACAGGCUGUGUAAUGUGUUUUGCACUGAGAAAUGACAUCACUGAGAUCUUUCCCACGAUAUUCCAUCGUCAUGAUCUUUGGAUAUCUCAUACACUAGUUCUGUGUGUUCAUAGAGCUGAGACCAUCACAACCAGAAAUGCCUAUCCAGGGGAUGGUGCCCUGCUGAAGAGAAGGAAGAUGCGUACAUAAAUAUUUAACUAAUUGCAGUUAUUGAGAAGCAACUUAGGACUGAUUAACAAGUUGUUUUCAGUUCAUCUUGGCUGUACUUUUAGUGCAUGCUUAUGUCACAUUUCUUUGGAGUCACAUACAUGAAUUCCAGAUAUGACAGCUGCUCUAUUUUGUCCUGACUGACUCCCAUUUUUUGAGUAUCCAAAUCUGCCAUUGUAUGGUACUUUCCCUGAACCCCAGAUCAAGGCAGUUGGCUGGCCAUCAUUGGAUGGGACAAAGUUUAAAAGAAUCUUCCCACUCUGAGAUGAUAGGCCAUAGUUUGUAGGUUAAAGGUUCAGUGAUUUAGUGCUAGUCAUGAGUACAUUUUCAACAGAGGUAAAAAUAUGUUUGAGAUUAUGAAAGAAAUCAAACCUGACUAGUUCAUACUUUUUGCUAUUCCACCUGCCACUUAGCAGAUAUAUGAAUCCAUUCAAAUCAGUGUAAUUCAUACAUGACAACUGAAGCAUAUGGUUUCUUGAAUCUGUUCCCAUAUGUUAUAUUCUAAUUGUCUAGUUGCAAAUUAACCAUUUCUGGAGGGAGGCAUGAGUUGAAAAAAAUGCUGCCAUCGGUAAUGACUGUACAGCCUCAUGUUCAUUAAACAUACUUCCAAAUCUUAUCAAUUUUGACUUUAUGAAUUAUGAAUUGAAGUCUUUGUUAGUCCGUGUGAUCUCAGAAAUGUUAUGUCUGGAGUUAGUUCCUGUUGCAUUUAGAUAAGGAAAUCAGUUGAUAACAGUAGAAGAAAAAGCAUUGAUAAUAUAGGUUCAUACACAGAUGGCCUUAUCUGGAGAAACUCUUCACAGUCCAGAGAAACAUUUAUUUUAAUCAAGCAAAUGUUCUGAUCAUAUUAUAUUACAUAAAUGUUCAUCAUCAAUCCCCUUAAGAUAUAUAUAUAUAUAUAUAUUAAAAUGCAUGAUCUAAUAAAUUUGGGUUUUUUAUA